CAAGCUCCCCCCUAUCUCCAUCUCCUCGCUUCCCCCCCUUUUUUUAAUUCAAAUAUCCCAAAAUGGCCCCCUCAAUGACAACCCGUCUGGCACUCCCCGCUGACACACCUACCCUCGCCCACAUAAUGACCCGCGCCUUCUCUAGCACUGACACCGCAUACCCCCUGAUCUGGGGUUCUGCAGGGGAUGAGAUGCAUGAACAACUCGCUGUUAAUGGGUUGUUCACGCCGCUGCAGCGAGAGGAUAGAGUUACGUACGUCGCGGUCGAUUCUGACGGGAAGAUCUUGGGGUUCGCGACGUGGACACUGCUGGGGAUGAAAGGAGAUGGGGGGAAGAAGAAAGAGCAAAAGAAGGAGGGAGGGGGGAUGAAGUUGGAAGGUGUGAAUUUGAGACUGUUGGGUGAGAAGAUGGAGGGGCUCAGUGGGGCGAAGGAGAGGGAUGUGGAUGGGGGGAAAGACUUGGUGCUCUCGUUCUGCUUCGUGCUGCCAGAGUAUCAGCGCCAAGGCAUCGGCUCCCUGCUUCUGGAAUGGGGUAAGCGGAAAGCGGAUGAGCUGCAAGCCAAAGUCUGGAUCACGAGUACGCCGCAGGGUGUGAAGGCGUAUGAGAAGAAUGGGUGGGUGGUUAAAGAGAAAUAUGACAUUGAUUUGGGGAAGUAUGGAGGUGAGGGGCUCUAUAGUCGAGCUUGGAUGGUAAGGCUCCCUGCUGAAUCUAGCUCUGGGACAGCAUAG